CAAAAUGUUCGGCGAUUCUUGUAGAAAACCCUAGGGCCCUAGAGAAUGUUCAGGCGGUUGAUAAGCGCGAGUAGUAGGAGCGGCAUCCGCACGGCAAGCGCAAAGACGCUCUCUCAGGUGAGCAAACCACUGACGGAGGAUGCCUACAGAGAGUUUGGAGAGUUUCUGUGGAUGGUGAUGCUCCGCCUAAACAACCGUGUCCUCGGCCAAGUCUUUAAGGCGGUGGGCGACUGUGAUAGUACCACCGUCUGCUUCGAGGGCCAUCUCCUGGACCACAUGCUCAAGUACACCGAAAUUGUGAGCGGCGAAUUCCCCCCACCCGCUGAAAAACCACUCGGGCUUGACGACAUAGGCGACUACCCCAUCCCAUAUACACACAUGAUCAAGCUUGUGAAAAAUGCCUCGGAGGAUGCAAGGUGCCGCUUGCAUGGAGAGCCCCCCAUCCAUCAACGCACAAAGGAAGAAACUCGCCUCGUGCAUGACUUUUGCCGGACUGUUGCCUGCCGAGCCGAGAAGGAAGUCUUCUCUGGGGAGCCAAACGUGCACGAGCUGCAGGAGCAGGCGCGUCUGUUUGGCGCUGAGUGUUAUCCCAAGUUCUUUGGUCUGCAGUCCACGAACCUCUCCGUUCUGAUCCAGGAGCACUCUGAAUCAUAUGCUACACCGGUUGUUCCAAGAAAGAUCUUCUGGAGGGAGUACUUGACGAGGUGUGCCAGGAGCCUCGAGUUGGCGCAGAAGGUGGCUGAUGCCGGGGGCCUGCCGCAGUUCCCUCGUCACGGGGGACUCGUCGCUCUCUACAACUUUGAGAAGAAACACGCUUACCAGCUGCUGUUAAACUGCCUCAAGAGCAUUGAUAAAGGAUAUGACGAGCGGAAGCUAUUGUGGUCAUCGUUUGAGAACCAGCAGUUCUAUACUGUCGAUGUGCAAGUACCUGGUCUCACGUCGCUGAAUCAAGUGCAAGUGAAUGUUGCAAAAGAUGGACCGGGUGUGCUUGUUACCACGGAGAAGGACGUGUUCCGCCCCGAGAGGCUUGCCGUUCCUCCUUACGCUAAUGUCGACGGUGCAAUAGUUAAUCUCCAGGAUGAGAUUCUCACCAUUCGCCUUCCCAAGGGGGACGCUGUACUCGAAGGGACAGUGCCGGCAUUGCCAGUUGAGGACUUUGACGAGACCAAGCUAGACAAGACCAAGAAUAAAGUAGAUGACGAGCAUCACCACGAAGUUCCAGCCCUGUUGCGAGAGGAAGUGAUUGUGGACUCAGCCAGCGUUAAGCCUCAGGGGGACGGUGAGCUCGAAGGGACAGCUCUGACAUUACCAAUUGAGGACCUUGACGAGACCAAGUUGGACAAGACCAAGAACAAACCCAUAAAGGCAACUUCGGUAGAUGAUGAGCAUCACCACAUCCUUCGUGUCGAAAUUCCAGGCAUGUCGCGAGAGGAAGUUAUUGUGGAUAAUAUAGGGCCGGAACUCAUCAUUAAGACCAGCGACAACGUCUUCCAGCAAAGGAAGUUUAGGUUUCCCUUGCGUGCUGACAUGAAGCAGGCUAGAGCGUCUUUCCGGAACGGUUUGCUUACCAUUCGAGUUCCCAAGAGUACAACGGCCGUAGUGUAAAUUGCCCUCUCUUGUCAAGAUAUACUUGUAUUAUGUAACAGAUUGGUAUCUAUUUAUCUUCUUGCCCCCGGAUCUGGCCAAUGGCGGCCGUUAUGAUUGGGUAAAAGUUGUUUGCAGGUU